AUGGCCCUUAACAAAACCGACAGCCUCCCCAGCGAAUUGCGCUACAUCCAAUACGAACAUGCUCUUGAGGCAGAAUAUCUACCCGCUAUUCGGGCAUUGAUCUCAAAGGACUUGAGUGAGCCUUAUAGCAUCUAUGUAUAUCGAUAUUUCUUAUGUCAAUGGGCACAUCUCUGCUUCAUGGCCUUGAACCCAGCCGAUUCAUCCCUCAUUGGUGUCAUUGUGUGUAAGCUGGAAGUUCAUGCCUCACACUCAAACCCAACACGUCGAGGCUACAUCGCCAUGCUGGCUGUCGCCUCUGACUUUCGUGGCCAUGGCAUCGCCACGACCCUCGUCAAGAAGGCCAUUGACGCAAUGACGAAGCGCAAUGCUGACGAAAUUGUCCUCGAGACUGAGGAGACAAAUGUCGCCGCCAUGCGGUUGUAUGAGCAGCUCGGCUUCCUGCGUACUAAGAAGCUGCACCGUUACUACCUCAAUGGAAAUAGCGCAUAUCGACUUGUUCUGCCGCUGAAGUACAUCGACCUCGAUGCUGGCCCGAAUGAUCUUGAGAUCAUCGACGUUUAA